GGUUCCAGAGAAAGGACCUCACCAGGUCUCUCAUUUCCUGGCAUUCCCUUCUUAAUACAUCCACCUGCAUGUGUGGUACAGGCACCCCAGGGUGAUAAAGUUAGAAGAACAGCAGCUGGUGAGUGGUAGCAUUCAGAUAAGCAUCAGUGCCUUUGUGGGGACUUCAGGGGCCUCUCGGCACACGGGACACUUGUCCCCUCUGCACCAUGUACAACGGGUCAUGUUGCCUCAUUGAAGGAGACCCCAUCACUCAGGUGCUGCCACCGCUGCUCAUUCUGGCCUUCCUGCUUGGCACCCUGGGCAACGGGGUCGCCCUGUGUGGUUUCUGCUUUCACAUGAAGACCUGGAAGCCAAGCACUAUUUACCUUUUCAACUUGGCCGUGGCUGAUUUCCUCCUCAUUAUCUGCCUGCCCUUUCGGACAGAUUACUACCUCAGACGCAGACACUGGGCUUUCGAGGAUAUUCCCUGUCGGGUGGUGCUCUUCAUGCUGGCCAUGAACAGGGCAGGGAGCAUCAUCUUCCUGACGCUGGUGGCCGUGGACAGGUAUUUCAAAGUAGUCCACCCCCACCACAUGGUGAAUGCCAUCUCCAACCGGACUGCGGCUGGCAUCGUCUGUGCCCUUUGGGCCGUGGUCAUCCUGGGGACACUGUAUCUUUUGAUGGAGAGCCACCUGUGUGUGCAAGAGCAGGCCAUAUCUUGUGAGAGCUUCAUCAUGGAGUCAGCCAAUGGCUGGCACGACAUCAUGUUCCAGCUGGAGUUCUUUCUGCCCCUCGGCAUCAUCUUGUUUUGCUCCUUCAAGAUUGUUUGGAGCCUGCAGCACAGGCAGCAGCUGGCCAGACAGACUCGGAUGAGGAAGGCCACCCGAUUCAUCAUGGUGGUGGCAGUUGUGUUCAUCACGUGCUACCUGCCCAGCGUGUCAGCCAGACUCUAUUUCCUCUGGACAGUGCCCUCGAGUGCUUGUGAUCCGUCUGUCCACAUAGCCCUCUAUGUGACCCUCAGUUUCACUUACAUGAACAGCAUGCUGGACCCCCUGGUAUAUUACUUUUCAAGCCCCUCAUUUCCCAAAUUCUACACCAAGCUCAAAAUCCGCAGUUUGAUACCCAUGCAGCUGGGACACUCAAAGACACAAAGGCCAGAAGAGAUGCCAAUUUCAGACCUCUGUCGCAAGAGUUGCAUCAGUGUGGCAAAUAGUUUCCUAAGCCAAUCCGACGGUCAGUGGGAUCUUCAAAUGUGUUGAAUGGUACUAAAACAAACAGGCCAACCACAUCCAGGAGGACAGAUUGGCAACCUAGAAUCAACUCAUGCUAAGGGGUGGGGGGCUUUGGAAACACCACCACCCUUUCUGAGCUGUAUACUCUUCGCUCUGUUGGAAAUGA